CUGCCUGCGGCGGCCGCGGCGCCCGCGCGGCGGCUGCUUGUCGCCCUCGCGCGGUCGAGCGCUAUCGCGCGCGCGCAGCUUGUGCCGGCGCUCGAGGCGCGGCUCACCGCGUUUGUAGGUGGCGGCGGGUACGGCGGCACCGACGACCCCGCGGCCGCGGCGGCGGCGCAGGAGGCGCAGCUGCUGGAGGAAGUGGCGCGUUGGCAGCUGCGGCACACGUCGUCGCUGCGCCGCCAGCCGCCCGGCGAGUCGCCGCUGCUGCCGCUGCUGCGUGUCGGGGCGGCGGCCGCGGCGGCGGGGGGCGCGGGGGGCGCGGCGGUGUUGGUGCCGUGCCUGAGGGCAGUCCGCCAGGCGUGCGACCUUGGACUGCACAAGCGGCCCGCAGUCGUGCCGGAGCCACCCCCGCCGCAGCCGGUGCCGCAGCCGCAGCAGCUGCCCCAGGCGCGGCAGGCGCCCGUGCACGCGGUCGUGCCGCCGCAGCCGCAGCAAGCGGCGGUGUAUGGGGGGCUGACGCCAGAGGAGCAGGAGCAGCGAAAGAUCUCGGAAUAUCUUACCAAGUGGGUGGCGCUUCCAAGCGUGUCGGGUGGUCGGGCUCUCACUCACAUUUGA